AUGUCGCCUUGUCGACUCAUUUGUUUUGCUUUCGUAGCAAGUCUUAUAGGUGUAUGUCAGGCGCAAUGCAUCGGCAGGUAUCCGUAUUACCCAGGGUCUCCUUGUUGUUAUGAGGACCCUAACGCUUUAUUACUGCUCACCAAAGCGCUUGAUAAAAGCAACGAUAAUAUUAACGCAGGCGAGAUUAUAAUAAAACUGAUAAACGCUUUGGUUUAUACAUCUGUAAACGCAAAUCGUGGCCAUUGCGGUGGUACAGGCGGUUCUGGAGGAAUGGGUGGUCACGAAGCAAGUGGUGGCACCGGAGGCAGUGGCGGUACUGGAGGUAAUGGCGGCUCUGGAGGCAGUGGCGGUACUGGAGGUAAUGGCGGCUCUGGAGGCAGUGGUGGCACUGGAGGCAGUGGCGGCUCCGGAAGCAUUGGUGGCAGUGGUGGCACUGGAAGCAGUGGUGGUACCGGUGGUAGUGGUGGUUCCGGAGGCAGUGGCGGCACCGGUGGCAAUGGUGGCACCGGAAACAGUGGCGGCACCGGAAGCAGCGGUGGCACUGGAAGCAGUGCCGGUACCGGAAGCAGUGGCGGCACUGGAGGCAGUGGUGGCGCUGGAGGCAGUGGUGGCACUGGAGGCAGUGGCGGUACAAAAGGCAGUGAUGUCACUGGGAGCGGCGGUGGCACCAGCGGCGGCAGUGGUACUAAACCGCCAAAAAAUGAUACUUCGUCUUUGAUAGAACUACGUCUGCUACACGAACAAUUACUGAAGUUGAUGUUAGCUGGAUAUUCCUUACUCGAUAUAGACUUGGGGAAAGAUGAUAGCACCGGUGCCGUUACAGAUCUUGUUACUGAAUUAUUGUAA